AGAGUGUCCGAACAUCGGCCAAACAAACGGAUUACAUACACUCUACAAAAACAAAUUAGCGAGAAAACAUUAAAAUAUUAAAGGAACAAACCGAGCCACAAAAUUAUACACUAAUCCCGCUAGUGGCAGGCCUUGAACCCGGGACCUCCCAGAAGGUAGAUGAAGGUGUCUGACCCAUGACCUGAGGUUUGGUACAACAUAUAUCCCCAUACAUGACGUACGUACCCGAGCCUCUUAGCCUAUCGGUUCGAUAUUGCUGAGUAAGCCUAGUAUAUAAAACGAAAAAUUUUUUUGCUCUACUGUACACACAGUGAGCAUGUCAAGGCAACGAAACCUGAAGUCAAGCAAAUCCUGGAAUCUCGACAAACUUUCAUCUGACCAGGCUUGUAGCGACCAAGGUCAAGGUGGAAAUAGGCGUGCAUCCCAUAGAGAUAAUGAUGCUGUAUUUUCCAAAGUUUCAAGAGCUUUCAUACUGUGGUCAGUCGCAGCAGUGCUAAUCGCGGGCCUUUUAAUCUUUACUGUUAUCCGUCAGUUUACAAAUCCUUUUGCAAAUCCAAAUCAUUCUGAAACAGCUAAAGCAACUAUCAAACCUAAGCCAUUACUUACUGAAGAGGAACUUUCGAAACACGAUGGUUCCAAUCCUAGCAUUCCAAUAUAUAUAUCAAUUCUUGGCCGAGUUUACGAUGUGGACAAAGGAAGGAGACAUUAUGAAGUCGGAAGUGGAUACAAUGUCUUUGCUGGUCGCGACUCAACGCCGUCGUUCGUGACAGGAGUUUUCUCAAGAGAGAAAGCCGUAGAUGAUGUGAAGGGUUUGUCCCCAGAAGAAAUGUUAGGUAUCAAAGAGUGGCUAGAUUUUUACAGAAAGGAUUAUACUUUUGUCGGAAAAUUAAUUGGGCGUUACUACGACAGUGAGGGAAAUCCCACAGAAGCGUUAAAUGAAGCCAAAGCCGUCAUCAAAGAAGGUCAAAAACUGAAAAAGCUUCAAGAAGCUGAAAAUAAACGCUUUCCAGGAUGUAAUUCAAGAUGGAGUUUGGAGGAAGGCUCAACUGUGUGGUGCUCUCAAAACAGUGCAGGCAUCAAUCGAGAUUGGGCUGGAGUACCAAGAAAGAUGUUUAAACCAGGCAAGAAGGAUCCUACUUGUGUCUGUGUCAAGACAACUGGCCCUUCAAGUGACACUAACGAAGGAAAUGAAGGUGAUUUGAGGAAUCCUAACCUGCAAGAAUAUCCAGGCUGUGACAAAUAUGAUGCAUCUUGUAAACUCUGAGUCAAUCCAAGACUAAAACAAACGUGGAGGUGUUAAAUAUAACUUUCAUUCAGUGGUAAUGACAUAACUUUUGCAUUCAUUGACAGCUUCCAGCAAAGACAAAUGCUCAGCACACUGCAGGGCUGUCACUAAUUUUUUAAGUAGGUGGGGAAACAGAACAAGUAUCUGUGGAUAGGAUGUUCUUACAGUCUGCAAAACAUUUGUGUAACUCCGCUAAAUUUACCACAUAGCAAUUGAAUAAUGCUUUCUAUCUGCUACAAAAUCAUGCCUAUGGGCACAAACAUAUUUCUUAAGGGGGUUGCAGGGGCAUCUCCUUGGAGAUGAAAUCUAGACAUACUGUACACCAUUUCAUUGUAUACUGGAAGACUUACAGAUACAUUGUGACGUCCCGUUUAGUUUUCCUGCAUUGUAAGAGGCAUGUACGUAACAAAACAUGGAAGGAACAGUGAAAGUUUGGGAGAACUUGAAAAAGCUGUGGAAGCACUUGCCUGCGGCUCGUGUUCCCACAGCAUUUCUCGUUCUCCCAAACUUCCACUUGUGUUUCUAUAACUCCAUAGAAACAUGGUACAUGUUUUCUAUUUCCUAAACAUUGCCUUUCAAAAAUCUAGGUAAAUAGCAAUGAAGUUUACAGCAUAACAUCAUUCUUCAUUUCUUCAAGAGAGGCUCGCUAGUUGAAAGCACAUUAAGGAUAGGAUAGCAUGAUUGUAUGCUCUUUAAGUGUUAAUUAGAAAGUGUUAAAUUUCACACAUUCAUUGAUGCAGCCAAAUUUCUGUACAUGAUACAAUAUAUGUUUGUGUGUGUAAGCUUAAAUGUAAGCUUGUUGUCAAUGUAGUUGAAAUAGCAAUAUUUAGUACUUUUAUAGAGUGAGUGUCAAAAGUACUCAAGCAGUUACCUUGGUUUUGGUUUUAAUACAGUUUGAAGUCAGCCGAGUAGUCUAAUUUGUAAGUAUAUUAUUGAAAACUGAUCUAAAAGAAAUGAUUUUCAUGGUUCUUUGCCUUGUUCCUAGGCCUCAAAAUUUGGCAGGGGUCUAUCCCUUUUCGGUCAUGUGUUCUGAGCAAAAAAGCUUCAGAACAUCCCAAUGCAUUCUAGAGGAUGGUCCCUCUGUUAUAGCAAUAGAGUUUUGCAUGUAUUUUGAAGCAAGACUCAGUGCUUCAACCAUUUAUUCAUUCAUGCUUCAUUCUUGAUGCAGAUUUACUGUUGCAUUUUAUCAAUUGCUUGACUAAAGCUUGUGAGAGUAAUCCAUUGUGUCCUUUAUAGAGAUAUUUAAAGUGCCUAUGAAGUAAAAAAUAAUUG